AUGAUAACAUGGAUUAACUUAAUGGAAUCUAGUGGAGCAAUUCUAUCAGAUUCGAUGUUAAUUGCAAAAGCUCUAAAGUUUGGAAAAAAUUUUCCAGAAUUUAAAGCAAGUCGUGGGUGGCUAGAAAAGUUUAAAUUACGAAAUGGUAUCAAGUUAAAAAAAUUUCACGGAGACAGUGGAUCAGUAAAUCAUGAUGAAAAAUCUAUUACUGAUUUUAAUGAAACAAUGAGUUUAAAAAUUGAACAAUAUGGAUUGGACAAUGUUUAUAAUGCAGAUGAAACUGGUGUUUUUUACAAGGCGAUUCCUUCCAAAAGUGUGUGCACCAAAUCACGGCCUGGAAUAAAGUUGUCGAAGGAUCGAUUUUUGUUACUAUUAUGCGCAAAUUGUUCUGGUUCCGAUAAAAGAAGGCCUGUGAUGAUAGGAAGAUUCAAAAGUCCAAGGUGUUUUAAAAAUUUCAACAUUGGAAAAUAUGUUACCUACACCCAUUCCAAUAAGGCAUGGAUGAACCGUGAAAUUUUUAACAAGUGGCUCAGUGAUUUUGAUUGUGAACUUGCAAAGAAAAAAAGAAAAAUUCUACUUGUAAUAGAUCAAUGUCCAUCUCAUCAAAUUAUUGUCACGUUAAACUCAAUUGAAAUUCUUUUUUUGCCUUCUAGAACAUCCUCGCUCUUGCAACCAAUGGAUCAAGGAAUUAUAAAAUGCUUUAAAGCCGAAUUUACCAAUUUGAAAAUAAAUGAUAUAAUCGAAAAGGUCGAGGCAGGGGAAAAUUGUCAAAAUGCAAUUAAUGGAACCACCCUUAAAACUGCUGCGACAUUAACAUUCUUCGCUUGGAAUAAAGUUACUCCUACGACCAUCAAAAAUUGUUUCCGUCAUGCACAAUGGAUAAAAUGUGAAACAAUCACAAUCAACAGUGAAUCUAAGAACUACGAAAAUAAUUAUGAAGAAAUAAUUAAGAAAUUUCAAAUUGACGAUCCAAUAUCUUAUAGUGAAUUUGUUGAUUACGGAUAUACUGAAAAUGAAGAGCUAAUCAAAUUUUUAGACAAAUCUGAACAAGCUGGUACAUUACAGUCAAAAAAAGUUCAAUCAGUUAGUGAUUUUAUUUAA